AUGGAGGACACAGCGGACCCCGGGGCCGCCUCGGUGCAGCGGGCCAACCAGACGCGCCUGCAGCCCGCCAUUCCCGGCAUCUACAACCUCACCCAGGAGGACUCCAACUGGAUGGUCACGUCGGCCUUCAUCAUCUUCACCAUGCAGACAGGUUUCGGUCUUUUGGAGUCCGGCUGUGUCUCCCAGAAAAACGAAAUCAACAUCAUGAUGAAGAACCUGGUGGACAUCUUCCUGGGUGGCUUCACCUACUGGCUGUUCGGUUUCGCCACAUCCUUCGGCCACUCCACGCUGCGCAACCCCUUCAUCGGCUGGGGCGACUUCGCGCUCGACUCGGAGGACUCGGACCCCAACAUGGGGGCUCUCUUCACGGUGUUCCUGUUCCAGAUGUCGUUCGCCACCACGGCCACCACCAUCGUGUCUGGCGCCAUGGCCGAGCGGUGCAAUUUCAAGGCGUACUGCGUCUUCUCCUUCCUCAACACCAUCGUCUACUGCAUCCCCGCCGGCUGGGUCUGGAGCGAGACGGGCUUCCUCAACGAGAUGGGCGUGGUGGACAUCGCGGGCUCGGGGCCCGUGCACCUCGUGGGCGGCAUGUCAGCACUGGCCUCGGCGAUCAUGCUGGGCCCCCGUCUGGGCCGCUAUGACCUCGGGAACCAGCCGAUGCCUUUGGGGACGCCCGUCAACGCCGUCAUGGGUCUCUUCGUGCUGUGGUGGGGCUGGCUGGCUUUCAACUCGGGAAGCACGCUGGGGGUGUCGGGGGCCAAGUGGCACUACUCGGCCAAGGCGGCCGUCAUGACCCUGCUGGCCUCCUUCGGGGGAGGCUUCAUGGGGCUGGGCUACACACUGGUGCGCAACGCGGGCAACGUGGAAGUCAUCGACCUCAUCAACGGCGUCCUCGGCGCCCUCGUGUCCGUCACAGCGGGAUGCUUCCUGUACACCUCGUGGGAGGCGCUGUUGAUUGGCUUCAUCGGCGCCGGCAUCACGUGCUCCACCAUGCCGCUGUUCGACUGGCUGCACGUCGACGACCCCGUGGGGGCCACCUCAGUGCACGGCAUGGCGGGAAUGUGGGGAGUCCUCUCAGUGGGGCUGUUCGCCUCGGCGCCACCCGACAUGCCCGCGACACAGGGCCGCUCCGGUGUCGCACACGGAGGGGGCUUCUACCUGCUGGGAGUUCAGACACUGUCAGUUCUGUGCUUAAGUGGCUGGUCCUUCGCGUCCACCAUGGUCCUCCUUUGGUUGAUCGACAAGGUGGUGCCCAUCCGGCUGGGGCCGCACGAGGAGCUCAUCGGCGCCGACCUGGUGGAGCACCGCGUCAAGCACGAGGGCGUGGGCGUCAACGAGGCGUUGGCCAUCCUGGCGGACCACUUCGACUCGGCGUUGCUGUCGCAAAUACGGUCAAUCGGCACCAACCCAGGCCACGAGGCGUACCUGGCGACGCACUUCAAGCCCGCCAAGCUGGCGCGGCAGCGUGACAACAAGGACAACAACGUGGCCGUGCUCAUGAGGGCGCUGUCCGGGGACGACAAGCAGUACGCGUGGGUGGACUAG